GCCAUCGUCGUAGCAGAAAUGGCUCCUGACUAUUGAUACUAGGAAGGGGUACACAUACUCCAGUCCCCGUAAACGUCGACAGUAACGCGGUCUGACCACCUAAAGUGCAGGAGGGAUGUGCUCCGUCGUCGGAUGUGAUUCGUCGCGUCGCAGUGCGCAACGAUUCAAGUUACCUGAGGACCCAGAGAGGAGACUGGAGUGGGUUCAGUUUCUCUUCGAAGUGAAUGGACAACGACUUAAAGAAUCGUGCUGGACUGAUAUCACCAUUUGUAGUGAACACUUCACAGGUGACUGUUUUAGAAACCUGGGCGCGACUGGCACGGCCCAGCUGAAGCACGGUGUUGUCCCAUCACUGUGUAUCAAGUCAGAGCCAGACGAACUUGAGUCGGAUCCGGAGAGCCUAAAAUAUGAGGAGCCUGUGGGAACCCCACAAGUUGAUUCUCAUUGUGAACAACUUAAAGCAUGUGAUAGUCCAUCUUCCUAUUCUGAAGGAUCAGGACUGGCAUCAGUGGCUGUCCCAGUAAGUCCAGUGCCGAGCGAUACUUCAGAUGUUUUCAUGUCUGAUCAUGGUCAGAUUCUGCAAAAGAUUGUGAAUAUUGAUAUGAUCAGAGAAAAAGCUGCACUUCUUCAGAUGAAGGGGAAGUAUGUUGUGAAUGAAAAACGCUUGCUCCAGCUGUUGAGCACCAAAUGCCCUUUGUGUGGUUCUAAAGUAAAGGUGCAGAAAAUUAUCCAUGGCAUACUCAUCGUCUUGAACCAACAGUGCCUUCAGUGUGAAUACAGAAACCAGUGGAAAAGCCAGGUCAAUGCCAGUGUCCCACCAGCUGUAUAUCAAGACCCGACAGGAGGCACAGAAGUAACUCCAGAGACAGCGUCUGAGGAGAGUGAUCCCAUGAAUGAAACAGAGGAAUCAAGUGAUCAGGGGGACAUGGAUUCAGAUGACGAUUGGAAGCCAAGAGGGGAUUUGUUGCCAAGUGGAGUGCUACAUAAUGAAUCUGAUGAGGAAACUGAUGAUGAAGAUGAUGAAGUAGAUGAAAAUGACAUAUAUCCUUCACUCGCCCCCAAACACAGUCAGCUCUGCACAGAGUGUGGGAGGUUUUACAGUAAACGGUGGCCUCACACAUGUGAGCACAAAGUAAAGCCCUAUUCCUGCAAUAUCUGUGGCAAGAGAUGUGUUAGUGAGGUUGCUCUAAAUUCCCACAGCAGAGUCCACAAUGAAAACUAUGAGCAUCCUUGCAAAUACUGCAACAUUACAUUCAAAACAAAGGUGGAUAAAAUCACUCACCAGCAGAUCCACCUAACUCAAGGAAAGCCCUAUAAAUGUCCUGACUGCUCAGAGACAUUUGCCACAAAUAAGGAACGCAGAACCCACUUGGAGGAUCACAGAGGCCCCCAGGAAUUAAAAUGUCACAUCUGUGGGAUUGAAUUCAACCGUUUACUUUCUAUUCGGAGACACUUAAUUGUCCACACAGGACUGAAGCCGUACAAGUGUUCGGUGUGCCAGCGUGGCUUCAACCAGGCGGGUCACCUCAAAUCUCACAUGCGUCUGCACACAGGGGAGAGGCCUUUCAAGUGUCAGCACUGUGACAAACGCUUCAAUCACAACGUGAGCUUGAAGAGUCAUGUCCAGCGUUACCACGCAUCUGGGUGUGAACAGAAGAAGGGUAAAAUAAACAAAACUGUAAGUGACACUGGUGAUGCUCAAGGUGAUGGGAACAAGAGAGGUGCGGACUCGGAACUCGACAAUGUAGAGGGAGAAGAUGAUGCAGAAGAGGAGGUGCCUAGACCUAAAAAGAAUAGGAGAAGCACAGGUAGGCCCAUAGGAAGGCCUAAGAGAAAUGCAGCAGGCAACUUUGUUCUGGCAGGAGAAAUGCAAGACCCGGGUUCAAACAGUAAGACUAGAAAAUCAAAGCAACAGAGGUUAAGGAGAACACAAUGCAAUGAUGAAGAAAGUGAGGACGAGCCGUCCGAAAGCGACAUGUCUUUUGACUCAAAAGAAGAGGAAGAGGAGAAGACUGAGAAAGUAACAAACAACAAAAGCAAAUCAAGAAAAAAGCCAAACAAUUCUGACAGUGAUAUUGAUUUUGACGCUGAACACGCAAAGAAAAAGAGGUACAGCAGCCGGAUCAGUGGCAAAAGCUCAAGGAAGCGCAGGGGAAGACCAAGAAAAAAUCAAGUAGUUGAAGACACUUAGAGAGACAUUGGGCAUUUGUGAAGAGGAAUACAGUUUAGUGACAUACACAACUUUUUCCCAUGAUAAAUUGGAACCAUUAAGUAUUAUGAGAAACUAAACAUGUUCUGUUAGGGCUGGGGUCUCUUAAAAUUCAUUUGCUUUUGCACUGUUAAGAGAUAUCAUCAUUUUACUUUACUUUUGUAUCCCGUUAACUGAUCAGACUGGGUACAAGUAGAUUAAACUAGGCAGAUUUGAACUGCCGGUGUUCUUUUGUGUUGUAUAUUUCCGAUUCUUUUACUUCCAUAAUACGGGCACACACUGUAUAUGAAUGUGUUAAUUUUUGGAAGGAGCCACAUCUCCUAGUGCCAAAAGUUAACUUGUACUGUACGCCUACAGUACCCUUCAGUAUCUUUGUCUUCUGUGAAGGUACAAUAUGUGCAAUUUUCAGAAGGAUUGGUGUGUAUUUUAACAAUUUUGGGGAAACUGAAGCUGAAUGUUACAGCUGUUUUUUGUAGUUCAGAGACAACAAGUUAACUGCAGUAACACUACAGCCAAGACAGCGCUUUGAGUGGAAUGACGUGGUCCCCACUGUCAGUUUCUACAUUAUUCUGGAUAGUUUAAAGGUGGAUAAUUUGAAUUCACACAACUAAUUCCUUUUGUACGCAAAUACUUAUUCCUUAUUCCAUAAUGUGAAACAUAAGGUGUCCAAUAUGAUGUUCGAC